UUAGCUCAUCUCUGUAACGAGUUAUGUUUAAUCUCAAUAAACGUAUACUCGAUUACACAUUCGCUAGAAUUAAUGUUUUAAAAAAAUCAUACUUUGGCAUGUGUCAUAGUUUAAAGUACUCACGUCUCCGCAAUUCCUUGUCCCGAGGGUGCUUUUCCAUCUCUCCGAGGUAAUAUAACAUGCACCGUUAUCACUGCCAGACACACAGGCUGCUACAGCUAGUAUCAAGAUUGGCUGUAUAAAUCUCACGAGAUCAGAGCAUAUAAGUAACUUAUUAAUGAAACUUCAUAGAUCCAAGAAUCUCUCGAAAUAAGUACGAUAAUCCAUGAAGAUCUAUUUUUUUGAACGGUCCUGUUACUCCCCGUCGACACAUUGUCACGACACAACGGGGAUGGUCCUUUUGUCCUUUUGAAAUUGGGUCAUCUACCUUCGUUCCAUUACCAUAACUCUCAAUGGUCGUCCACCCUCUCACCCGAUGGUGGUAUCUAAUCUCGACUCGUUUCUCGCGAAUGAUCGCAAAUUUUCCUCAUCAGUGUCACCGGAGCUCGUGACGUUCGCGAGAGCGGAGUUCUUCGAAGGCUGAAUGCGCGACGGGACGUCGUCGAUACCUAGCCCUAAUUGUAUGCGGUGGCAAAGUGAUAACAGUCGGAGAGAAUCUUUCCUCGACGCAGAGGUACCGGCCGGUACCGGCCUCUCAUCGGAGCACGCGAAUCGUCUGUUUUGCGCGUAUCACGUGACUCGUGCUGUGGAUCAUCGUGUCGAGAAAUGUGAUUGACCCAAUUGCAGCUGCAGCUGCCAGUAGAUCCAUCAAUUUCUAUAAUUUUGGCGACGCGUUUUCAUCAAGUACACGAGAUGUUGGCGUAACAACGACAUGGAGACGCUAUACACUGGAGCGAUGCAUGGCUUUCCACAGCCCGGCGGCGGAAUAGCUAAUGGCGUUUCCACGGGAAUCGCCAGUUCCUUCGACCAGGACGGCGUGUUGAGUCUCAUCGUGGUCCUCGGUGGAAGCCUGUCUCUAGUGGCUCUGGUAUUCGCAUUCAUCACGUACAGCCUCUUCUCCGACUUGAGGAGCCUAGCAGGCACAACUCUAAUGAAUCUUCUGGCAGCUCUCUUCAUGGUUCAGCUUUUAUUCAUCGUGGGAGCUGGAGGAGUACAGGAUUCGGAACUCUGCAUCUCGCUCGGUCUGAGUUUGCAAUAUCUGCGAGUAUCGGUGGUCUGCUGGCUGGCGUCGAUGUGUCACCAUCUUUACGCUACCGUGGCAUCCCUACCGCGUCGCGAUGAUCCGCCAACAUACCUCAAGUACAGCCUCUUCGCCUGGGGCGCACCGCUGAUCAGCCUCGCGUUGGCGACUCUCCUGCAAAGCCGUGAGAGCAACGAUUUCUGGAAUGUCGUUGAUCUCACUCCCUUCAAUUGCUGGUUUUUGGGAACCACGGCGACGAUUUACGCAUAUGGCUUACCGGUCAUUCUGUUACUACUGAUGUCCGGUUACUAUCUCGUCAAGGCUGCAAUUGUGUCGAGGUACACAUGCAGUAUGCAGCUCGAGAUAAAGCAGCGCGAAAAGAUGAAGAGGAGGCGGGCGUUGCAGCUGAUGCUCUUCCUCAAGGUCAGUCUGAUCGUCGGUCUAGUCGCGGGCUGCGGGGUGGCGUCCAGGGUCUGGAAGAUCCCCUUCCUGUGGGCGGUUUUCUGCACGGGUCAUUCUCUUCAGGGAUCGGCAGUAGCACUCUCCGUUGCGUGCAACUGUAGAGUCUUGAAGAUUUACGCCAGGAAAUCGCACAAGCAACCGGAACACCAGAUCGCGAAAUCGAGCAGUAGCAUGCAGCUGCUCGCACCCGCGCCGGAUCCGGUUUAGGUGAUCUAUGGGACUAUCCUCGGGAAGGAACGAGGGGCAGAAAAUGAAGAGGAGAACCAGCAACGGCUGGUGCCAUUCUCUGAUCCGCGAGGUGUAACUAUUUUUACAUCGAGAUAUGUGUUGAUAUUUCUCUCGUAAAUUUGCGUUUCUCUCUGCGACCGGAAUUUUUCCUCCGUGACGAGCGAUUUCAGUUUCCAAGUUUUAGUAGAUUAUCUUUUCAAAUAACAUUUUCACGGAGAAAUUUCGAAAAACUUGUAAUUUGUAAAGAAACUCGAGGAGAUAUAAAAAGAAGAAGGAAAUGGAGAAUUCUCAAAACUAUAUUUUGUCGAUAGAAUUCUCAUAAUAUAUCGACUGUUACAAUAUUUA